GUCUUUUUAAUUUAAUCUCUGGAACCCAGAAGAAGAAGACAACAAAGAGUUCCCAGGCAGGCCCCCUCCUUAGGCUCAUCAGCAUAGUCUGAGGAAGAAAAGGGGAGCCCAGAGUCUGAAAUAAAAGAGCUGCUCCCCUGGAAUUAGAGAAAGAAAUGGCAAAUAAGGUGAGCCAAGGUAUCCUACCUACUAGGGAGUGGGAAUGGCAGCAGUGAAGAAGCUAGAAAAUGGAGCAGAAAAGGAAGGCUGACAAGCAAAGACAUUCAAUGGAAAGCCACCUUGGGACUCCAGCUAUUGCCCUGGAUCCUCUUGAGGUUCCCUAUUGCAAGGGUUGGAAACAGUGACCAUUUUGAUGUCUUAUCAAGCUUAUUAAAACAACGCUGUGCACAUAAAAGAUUCUUCUUUCCUCCUGGGAGACUUCCAUAACCAAAGAUGGCGGCAAAUAAGCCCAAAGGGCAGAAUUCUCUGGCUCUGCACAAAGUCAUCAUGGUGGGCAGUGGUGGCGUGGGGAAAUCUGCCCUGACUCUACAAUUCAUGUACGACGAGUUUGUGGAAGACUAUGAGCCAACCAAAGCCGACAGCUACCGGAAGAAGGUGGUCCUGGACGGGGAGGAGGUGCAGAUCGACAUCCUGGACACGGCGGGCCAGGAGGACUACGCCGCCAUCAGAGACAACUACUUCCGCAGCGGGGAGGGCUUCCUGUGUGUCUUCUCCAUCACCGAGCUGGAGUCUUUUGCAGCAACUGCCGAUUUCAGGGAGCAGAUUUUAAGAGUCAAGGAGGAUGAGAACGUUCCCUUUCUUCUAGUUGGUAACAAAUCAGAUUUAGAAGAUAAAAGACAAGUUUCUGUAGAAGACGCAAAAAACAGAGCUGAUCAGUGGAAUGUCAACUAUGUAGAGACCUCGGCCAAAACACGUGCUAACGUCGAUAAGGUAUUUUUUGAUUUAAUGAGGGAAAUUCGAGCUCGGAAGAUGGAAGACAGCAAAGAGAAGAAUGGAAAGAAGAAGAGGAAAAGCUUGGCCAAGAGGAUCAGAGAGAGAUGCUGCAUUUUAUAAUCCCGGCCCAAACUUCUUCCUUGUCUUGACCACACUAAUAAAUAUAAUUUAUAAGCAUUGCCA